GCGUGUGUUGGUAGUUCUGGAGAAAUUUAAUAAACAACUUUGGCAAGGCGUCAUUUAAAGGUACAAUAAAAUAUUUGUUGUAAACUUUUAUUUAAAAUACCAUGACAGCGUUUGCAAUAAAUUGCACGCUACAAUUGUUCAUUAACAAAGGAUUCUUUGUAAAUCUACUGGAGAAGCCCUAGGGUGCUUAACGGUCGAAAGUACAUGAUAAUAUAUAACAAGAGUAAUGUCAACGUCAGAGACAUUCACAAAGGAAGAAGUGGCAGAAGCGCAGAAGUUCUGUGAUUUUCUAAUCAAUCUUUUGGAAAAUCACAGCGAGUGCUUAGUUUACUAUUUAGCCGACACGGCUCUAUUGGACUGGUUUGGGCACACCAUAAAAGGUCCGAGAAAUAUAGUGGCGUAUUUAAAAAAUAACGCGGGAAAGUGUAAGCACAGAUUUACCAACCCCAACCCCGUGCGAAAAAUUGGCUUUCGGGAGAACCAUGUCAUUAAGUUACCAAGUGAGGCGAAACAACGUAAUCCUAUCAACUUCUCUCCUUGCGAUUCUGAAAGUAAUUCGCCAAAGUUAACCUUCUCCCCAGUGACGCACCUAAUAGAGAAGGGUCAAGGUGACGGUCCCCACAAUAACUGUCCAGAAUCUCCAAGGAAAAAAUUCAAGGCAGAUAACGGCGACCAAAUCACCGAUAAACCUGAAUUGAAAUACAUCAGUUCAAACGGCCACAUCGAAUUUCACAGAAGGUCGUCGAAAAAAUUGCAGGCGGAAACAAAGUGGAAUAGGCCAUGCAAGUUGGAAGUGGCGUAUUCGGCGACAAACUUUGAAGAUUGUGUAAUUUAUAUGAUGAUCUAUCAAGGAAAUUUGAAAUGCCGUCGAAAUCUUAUGAAAGAUUUUGACGCGUGCGACCCAGGAUCUGAAUAAUUGGUAUUAUUGAUUGUUUAUUUAUAUGUGAUCGUUAUUUUUUUAUUCCAUUUACUCACAUAAUUGUUAUACUUACUUGCAGCCUUAAUUCACAUUUCUGAACAGUUCAAAGCAUGUUUGUUACGUAAAAUGUUAGUGCAAUUGUUAUUAUCUUUUUAAUUUUAUAUAGAUCUGAUGUUAAUAAAAACAAAUUGUUUAUAUUGAAGGUUAGUAUCAAUGAUAAUUUUCUGGAACAAGUUAGCAUGUGGUCCAAGGAAACAUGAGCUACCGAUAUCUUGAAUUGUAAUUAACUUUGUUAUAUAAUUAAGAUUAUAUAGAGAUAGUUAUUUUUUAUAUUGAGUAUCAUUCUUUUACAGGAGUUAUAUAAAAAAGUUUCAGAUUUUGCCUCUGGGAGGCAUUUUAUGUAAAAGAUAUAAAGAGGCUGUAAAACUCCCAGUUCGAUUCCUGUAAUGGAUCUGUUACAUGUACAUUAAAACUAAUACCAGGUAAUACGUAUACCUACUUGAUACCAUCAAGUGCCAAAAUCAGCUUGAGAAUUGCAAUUUGAACCAAUAUUGGUUAAAUAUAGUUUCAAAAACAAUCGCAAACAGUAGACAUUUUUGGUAUAUCAAAAAAUUAGCAAAUAGUCUUGUCUCGUAGCUUAUUUGUAACAUAACCCACUUGACCACAAACAAAAACAUUACAAAUUCCUCAACAUUUACAAGAGUUGACAAAAUA